AUGGACGCCAUGGACAUUGACACGCACCCUUACCACACUCUCUCUGACGUUCCGCGUCCGAACCCAUGGAUAACCCUCGCAGAAUCACGCAUAACAGCGCUCGAUAAGCUCGUCGCAUCCAGGUUCCGGUCCACAUCAGACCGUCACCGCUUCGUGCGUGACUUCCAGGACGAGCAGCGCGUGCUCGAGCUUGUCCUGCUGGACCUCCGUUCACGGCAUAACGCCUUCUGCUCGGACAUCUCUGCCGUGCCGGAUGACGUGCUGGCGAUUAUAUUUGAAUAUAUCGCGCGGGCGGAUGUGCCGCGUGCGCCUAUUGAUAGAGAGGGACGCGAUACGCUGCUUGCGAGGGCGAAGGAGGGCAUUGAUAGGGAGCUGCAGUUCCCUGAGUGGAAGCCUGUGCUUGAAGGAGGGUCUUUGGGGUGGAUCGGAUUGAGCCAUGUAUGUCGGCGAUGGAGACAAGUCCUACUCGGCCAGCCGAGGUUGUGGGGCGAAUGCGUCGGGAUAUUGCCGCUCGGUCUCGAAGAGAUGUUACGGCGCGCGGGCGGCUUCCAACCUAUAACCCUGCACAAAGUUUGCUCGACGAUCCACCGGCGCCACACGGAUCUAUGGGAAACAGUCCUCCGCUCGCCGACCCUCCCUUCGCCGACUCCAGGCAGCAACCAGAUGCACCCACUUCUCGACGCCUCCCGCGUCCGAGCCAUUCACAUCGCCGAACUCCGACAAGACGAGGACCCGCUCCCCUUCGCCUUCCCAUGGCCCGAAGGCCUCGUACCCUUCGACUUCCCCGCGCUCGAGAUCCUAGAUGUUAUGGCGCGCGGCGCGAAAGAAGAUAUCCAGCCAUUUGAAGCAUGGUCCCGCGGCCUACGCUCAGUCCACGCACCCCAGCUCCACACCGUCAAAUUCGUGAACUACUUCAUUCCCUGGCGCUCGAGCUGUCUCGUGAACCUCUCAAUCCGCUCCGUCAGCCUCGAACACACAUCGAUCUACAUGUCCUCCAGCCUCUUCUUAGAGACCCUCCGACAAGCACGACACACGCUCAAGACGCUCGAGCUGGAAUGUUGUCUCCCGAUCGAUCUCUCCGACGCGCCGGACGACGAAAUCAUCGAUUUUACGCGAUUGCGAGAGCUGAAAGUGUCGAGCCACGCUCUACACUCUUUCCUUACGCGCGUGACGUUCCCGCGCUCGACACGUCUCUCGCUCGAGCUGCCCGGAUUCAACGUGACGAUCCUGCGCGGCUUCUCGACGCUCUUCCGCAUGGCCUCCGAGCGCAUCGACGGCGUAUCCUCGCUCAACGCGCUCGUUCUACGCGACUCGCCCAGUAUGCGCGGCACAACGCUCUCCAUCGACCUCUACGACUCCGCCCAAUCCAUCAUCUCAUCGACGCUCAACGCUGGAGCAACGCACACGCACACGGACCCUUUCGCAUCGUCCACGCCCAGACUCACGCUCGGCAUCCGGUUCCCGGCGUACCAGUACCCCGAACAGCCCGAACGCGUGUUCCACGGCUUACGCGAGUACCUCGACUUUGCGCGCUUCCCUGCGCUUUCGCUGCGGCUUUGCGCGGACGAGUGGACGGGGGAUGCGCGGAGAGCGGCGGUGGCGAUGUUCCCGCGUUUGAGCUUGUUGCACGUCGUCAAUCCGCUCGUGAGCACGCAUGCGGCUGCUGAGUUUCCGUAUAUCCUUCCCGUCGACGGGCAACAGGAGGACGAGGAGAGGAAAGCGCUGGAUACGCUCUGGCUCGUCCAGCGCGAUGCCAAGCUUGGAACGUCGUACCAUUCAUGGUGCGAUGCGCUCGCUAGACAGCUCAGACGCGCGAUGCCCGUCGAGGUGAGGGUUAGCGGUACGCGGUUCGCACCUCAGGCACCGAAGAGGAUGCGGGUGGAUUAUUUGCCGGUGGUGCCGAGUAUGGCCAGGAGUAAGGCGGUGGGGAUCGUUAGGGGGAUUGAGGAGGUCGUGCCGAGUGUUGAGUGGAGCGUUGCGGCGUGA